AUGUCGUCGGUCAGUCCAGCAGAAAAAAUCAAGGAGUUGUUCUUCGACUCGCUCUGCCUUGAUUCGUUCGGUAUCCAGGAGGACGGCUAUCUGUCCGUGUGCGCCAUAAACACGUACGUGCUCGCUCUGCCGCUGCUCUUGCUCGCGCUCUACACCAUCCCCAAGCUGUUCAAUCUGAAGGACAAUGGACCCUCCCAUAGCCCCCUCGGUCACGGACGCAUGCUGCUGAUUGUGCUGCACACCGCCGUUGCCAGCUACUACGGUCCCGCGAUCUACAAUGUCAUCUCGUCGACCCUCGUGCUGCCGGCCAUGGGAUUCGCCUUUAUUCUGACCUUCAUGGAGUUCAACGGCGUCACCAUUCCCCGCCAGCCCCUAGAGCUUUACUACCACGUGUGGUCCGCGUCCACUGGCUACUUCAUCAUCAAACACAUUGCUGAUCACGUCGAUCUCCGCGAGCGUCCCGACAUUCUCGGCACUAUCGCUAUCUGCUUCGUGUCUUUUAUCGCCGGUGCCUACCGCAAUAUUGCCGAUGCUAUCGAGCCCGAGACCGCGGAGCCCAGGAAGCAAAAGUCCGAGUAA